AUGGCGCCUGCCAUUUCCGAUCGUAGCAAGGAUGAAUACGACUUUCUGGUUGGCAAUUGUCCCGAAGGUCUCAAUGUCGUCGCGUCAGAAGGACCUCCGAGUGCAUGGAAGAACACGUUGUCCCAUUUGUCUCUUAAACAAGAUGUCGAACAGUUUGGGCUGGCUGGUAAAAUUUGGCAUGCCGCAUAUAUACUUCAGUCUUAUUUCUAUCCCGAUACCCGAGUCGACCCGAAAUCGCCCAUUCCUGCCCAGUAUUUCCGCAACGAUCCAAGCCCUGUACCUACCCAACCAUUUCGAAUUCUCGAGCUAGGCGCAGGCACCGGCUAUGUUGGCAUUUGGCUAGCCAACAUGUUACGGCAACCAUGCGAAAUGAUUAUUACGGACCUGGAACCUGUCUUGCCGCUGAUCCGAGAUAAUGUCACUCAGCACUAUCAACACAUUGUUGAUGAUAAUUCGGCAACCGUACGUGUCGAACGUCUACAUUGGGGCAACACCAGCGAUGCGUCGGCUAUUCUUAAAGAGGGUCCCAUCGAUCUGAUUCUGAUCAGCGACUGUGUCUACUUUCCCGAACUCUUUGAUAUCUUGACGCAGUCUUUAAUCGAGAUCUGCUCACCAACGACCAAGAUCGUGAUCGGAUACAAGUGUCGUUCGCUGGAAAAGGAAUCUGGAUUUUGGCAGGAUUAUUUCGGUCGCUACUUUGAUUAUGAGCCCGUCCGCAAACUCGAAUUUAAACAAGAUGAAGACGACGACGACAGUGGUGACGAUGGUGAAAAGAAAUUAAUACCUGGUGGAUUGCUAGGAGAGGAAGAGCAAGUCUUUGUGUUUGUCGGGCAACGACGGGCAGACGGACAGAUCAAGGCAGCCGAUGAUACCUUUACGACGCUUAUGUUUUGCAACAUGAUGAUUGAUUUUGACUGA